AAUUAACCCCCAAUCAUUUGGUUGAUUAGGUCAAAUGUGUGUGAUUUCGUGUUUUCCUUAUGAUCCAACGGUUAAACCUAUUCAUAAAUUGUUUGUUUGAAAUAUAUCCGAAUGUGUUGGUGAAAGCCAUAUUAAUUGGAGUUAUGGCAUCGAAGUUGCAUAUGUUGCGUUCAAAGACGGCUGAAGCUUCAAAGCUUUUGUCCAAGAACGGAAACUCCUACUACAAGCGAACGCUAGAGGAGAACAAAAAAUACAUUGUGGAUCCACCAACUAUCGAAAAAUGUCAACAGUUGUCAAAUCAGCUACUUUACACUCGUCUUGCCAGCAUUCCGAGUCGAUAUGAUGCAUUCUGGAAGGAGCUUGAUCAUGUGAAGCAACUAAUAAAAACGAGGAAGGAUCUUAAAACCGAAGAUAUGGGGAUUGCUGCUCUUUUUGGGCUCGAGUGUUUUGCUUGGUACUGUGCUGGAGAGAUUGUAGGACGAGGAUUUACUAUUACCGGUUACUAUGUUUAGUUAACUUCUGAUGUGAAGGUUAGUUCAACUCUUCUCGAGAUAAUAAGGUAGUCUACUUAGAAAUGUAGUUUCUCGCACCAAAUGCACUGAAUGCAAACAGCCAAUGUGUCGCAGCCGCUGCCAAAUAAUAACUUUUUUUUACUUUACAGCUUACGUUAUUUGGUACAAGUGCAUGUGUGUAUGCGCGCAUGAUAUAAUUAUAUAUGGAUAUCCAACAUUGCAAUU